CAUCCCAUUGUUAAAUGCACUUACUGCCGGACUGAAUUCCAGCAGGAAAGCAAAACCAACACAAUAUGCAAGAAGUGUGCUCAGAAUGUGAAGCUCUAUGGCACACCAAAACCCUGCCAGUACUGCAACAUUAUAGCUGCAUUUAUUGGCAACAAGUGCCAGCGUUGCACGAACUCUGAAAAGAAGUACGGACCUCCGCACUCCUGCGAGCAGUGCAAACAGCAGUGUGCAUUUGACCGGAAGGAUGACAGAAAGAAGGUGGAUGGAAAGCUGCUGUGCUGGCUGUGCACACUGUCCUACAAACGGGUCCUGCAGAAGACCAAAGAGCAGUGCAAACACCUGAGCAGCUCUUCCCGGGCGAGUCUUCAAGAGAAGGAGCAGUACAGCAGGCUCAGCAGUGGCAGCCACUAUAACAGCCAGAAAACCUUAUCGACCUCUUCUAUUCAGAAUGAAAUCCCAAAGAAGAAAGCCAAGUUUGAUGCCAUAUCUGCCAAUGGUGACAGUUUUUCUCCGGACCUCGCCCUGGACUCUCCUGGCACUGACCACUUUGUUAUCAUUGCCCAGCUGAAGGAGGAAGUGGCUACUUUAAAAAAGAUGCUGCACCAGAAAGAUCAGAUGAUUUUGGAGAAGGAGAAGAAGAUCACAGAGCUGAAAGCUGACCUGCAGUACCAGGAGUCACAGAUGAGGGCAAAGAUGAACCAAAUGGAGAAGACACACAAGGAGGUCAUGGAGCAGUUACAGGCCAAGAACAGAGAACUCCUGAAGCAAGCCGCUGCCCUUUCGAAGGGCAAAAAGCCUGAGAAGUCAGGAGCAAUAACCUCCCCUUAAACCAAACCCCCAGUCUGGGAGCUUUCCGCAGCAUUAGCCAAGGAGUCUGGGAGGCCUGCCUGACCGCUGGAAGCCAAAACCUCCGUGUUGUCACUAUCC